AUGCUUGCCGGCGCCUGGCUGCCCUGGGCCUGCCUCCUGCUCCUGGCCAGGCCGGCCCGGCCCUGCCCCGAGGGCUGCGACUGCUUCCGCUGGGAGGUGUUCUGCUCCGACGAGGCGCUGGCCGCCGUCCCGCCCGACAUCCCGCCCCGUGCCACCCACAUCGUCUUUGUGGAGACGGCCUUCACCGCGGUGGGCGCCAGGGCCUUCGCCGGCAGCCCCAACCUCAGCAAGGUGGUCUUCCUCAACACCCGGCUCUCCCGCCUGGAGCCCGACGCCUUCGGGGGCCUGCCCGCGCUCCGGGACCUGGAGCUCACCGGCAGCGCCUUCGCCAGCCUCGACCCCGACCUCUUCUCCAACCUGACCUCGCUGGGCAAGCUCACCCUCAACUUCAACCAGCUGGAGGCGCUGCCCGGGGACCUCUUCCGCCACCUGGGCGCCCUGGGGUCCCUCCAGCUACAGGGCAACCGGCUGCAGAACCUGCCUGCCCGGCUCUUUCAGCCCCUGGCGCGCCUGGAGAGCCUCAACCUGGCCCAGAACCUGCUGGCCCGGCUGCCCGAGGAGCUGUUUGCGCCCCUGGGCGGCCUGCAGACGCUGAGGCUGAGCAACAACAAGCUCGCCCGCCUGUCUCCCAACCUGUUCGCCGGCCUGGGCAGCCUGCGGGAGCUCUUCCUGGACAGCAACUCCCUCUCGGAGCUGCCCGCCACCGUGUUCGCCCCGCUCCGCCGCCUGGAGAAGCUGUGGCUGCAGCGCAACGCCCUGGGCCACCUGCCGCCCUCCGUCUUCUCCUCGCUGGGCAGCCUGACCUUCCUGAACCUGCAGGGCAACGCGCUGCGGGCGCUUCCCGUCGGCCUCUUCGCCCGCUGCUCGGGCCUGGCCGGCCUGUCCCUGUCCCACAACCAGCUGGGCACCGUCCCGGAGGGCGCAUUCGCCGGGCUGUCCAACCUCAGCUCGCUGACGCUCUCCCACAACGCCCUCACCCACCUGCCGGCCGGCGUCUUCGGGGGCCUGGCCGAGCUGGUCAACCUGUACCUGGGCAGCAACAACCUGAGCGAGCUGCAGCCCGGCCUCUUCUGGAACCUGACCAAGCUCGAGCUGCUCAGCCUGUCCAGGAACCAGCUGGCCACGCUCCCGCAGGGCAUCUUCGACACCAACUACAACCUGUUCAACCUGGCCCUGCACGGCAACCCCUGGCAGUGCGACUGCCGCCUGGCCUACCUCUCCGGCUGGCUGCGCCAGUACAGCGACAGGCUCCUCAACAUCCAGACCUACUGCGCGGGCCCCGCCUACCUGAAGGGCCAGGUGGUGCCCGCCUUGCAGGAGGAGCAGCUGGUGUGCCCGGUCGCCCGAGACCGCGUGGGCUACCAGGCCCCGGGGCCGGAGCACCGGGAGCCCGGGGACGGCUGGGAGCUGGCUGCCGAGGACAGGGCGGCCCGGAGCCGCUGCACCUACAGCAACCCCGAGGGCACCGUGGUGCUGGCGUGUGACGUCGCCCAGUGUCGCUGGCUGAACAUCCAGCUGUCCCCCAGGCAGGGCUCGGACUCCCCGGGAAUGACGCUCAACGCCACUCAGGGGUGGGAGCUGAAGUCGAGCUGCGGCUCUGUGAGGGUCACUGUGUCCAUUGAGGCUCGGGCGGGGGACCCCUAG